CCUUCUGUCACUGCUGUUCCGUACGGAUCCUGCCCCUCCUUUUGCUUUCAGCAAAGUAUUCCAGAUUAAACCCCUGAGUACAGAUCUGCGUGGAAGCUCUUAGCCUCACUACGGUCAUCGUACCAGAAUGAAAAUAUAAAAGCAGUACAGAAAGUGACUCCAGAAGCUGGUGAAUUUUGCUGGAAGGAGAGCUUGGGAUGUCAGGGUCUUCUGGGUUUGGCUGGGACAACUGGGAAUGGCACGGGAGGAGCCGGUGUCCUGGUCUCAGGGACUUGAGAGGUGGGUUUUAUGGCAAAGCAGGAAUGAGCUCAGCUCUCCCACCUCCCUGUCAGAACUCCUCUUUUGGCCUGUCCUUUAUUUAUUUCCCCUACCACCCUUCUCUCCUUUUGGAGAAAGUAGUAGUGAGAAAUAACUGAAACUUUUAAAACUAUUUACUGUAACACAGAAUAAAUUUUAUAUCAAACAAGGGGCUGUAUAACGUGUGUCUAGCAGAUUGCUGCAGGUUCACAAAUUUCUCCCUAAUCUGAGACGGUGAAAUGUGUUUCACCCUAAAGUCACAUUCAAAUUAAUCAUCUGGUUGUCCACCCCAAAAAACUCCAGUGCUGCUUGAGUACGUGUCUUGGUUUAAAAGGAAAAUGCCAUCUCUUAAAAUGACACAGGGUGGUGUUGUCUUUGAAAUUCUGGUGAAGAAAAGCCCCGAGUGUCUCCAGUGGGCUCUCCUGAGUCAUGUGCCUUGGGCUGUAAACUUUGGAGUUAUUCAUUGCCCGUGGAUGAGCAGAGUGGAAAAAGGAAGUUCACUUUGCACCGUGGUUUCCUCAGCUGGGGUGGUUUUAUCCUCCCACCGCAAAUAGUGGAUUAUAUAUUUAUAUAUAUGAAGCAAUCUCUGCAGCGGAGUCCAGGGUGUUGGGUUUUCUCUAUUCCCAAUUGCAAACAUUAUCCUGGACAAACUGACUCCUGGAGGGGUGAUACCAGUUUAUGUACCAGUUUAUGAUCUGCAUUUGCUGCGAAUCUAUUUCCUUAUGCCAGGAUCUGGAGCCUGACUGGGGGAUGUUUGGGCUGCAGGGGGAUGUUUUUCCCUCUGCCAUUCCGAGCGGAGCAACGUCAUCGCUUAUUAGAGCCAAGAUUUUUCCCCUGACUGAACACCUCAGAUCUGCUCUCCCAAGACCCUGCAAUUAAGAGUUUGCCAAAAUCCUGCCCAAAUCAAGCGUUGGGAGAGUCCGCAGAGAGCCAGGAGCCAACAAAUCAUCUCAGCACCUAAAUGAGGCAUUAAUUCUGAUCUGUUGCUAUCUGUCUGAAACUUCGCCAGGGAAUACUCCCAAUAAAAAUGGCAGAAAAGGUGAAUAACUUCCCACCGCUCCCCAAGUUUAUCCCUCUGAAACCCUGUUUCUACCAGAAUUUUGCCGAUGAAAUUCCCAUCGAUUACCAGUCCCUGGUGAAGAGGAUCUACCACGUCUGGAUCUUUUACUGCCUGACGCUGGUGGUGAAUAUCAUCGCCUGCCUGGCGUGGUGGAUCGGAGGCGGCUACGGGGUCAAUUUUGGCUUGGCCAUCCUCUGGCUUGUCCUCUUCAGUCCCUGCAGCUACGUCUGCUGGUUCCGACCUGUGUACAAAGCCUUUCGGUCAGACAGCUCCUUUAAUUUCAUGGCCUUUUUCUUCAUCUUCGGCGCCCAGUUCAUUCUCACGGUGGUGCAGGCCAUCGGUGUCUCCGGAUGGGGAGCUUGCGGAUGGUUGGCAACCAUUACCUUCUUCAGCACCAACGUGGCGGCUGCCGUGUUCAUGCUGUUUCCCACCAUCAUGUUCACAGUCUCGGCGGUGGCGAUGCUCAUCUGCAUUUUAAGGGUCCAUAAAAUCUACCGAGGGGGGGGUGGAAGCUUUCAGAAAGCCCAGGACGAGUGGAACAGCGGGAUGUGGAGGAAUCCCCCCAGCAGGGAGGCCCAGUACAGCAAUUUUUCCGGGAACAGCCUGCCAGAGUACCCCACCGUGCCCAACUACCCCCCGGGAAACCAAUGGCCUUAAGCAGCGACGGCUGCAAACUGCCUGGAUUCUCUUCUUUUUGGUCUUUAUAUUAUUGUUAUUUGAAAAGAUCAUUUGCAUUCCCCCUCCCACUCCACCCCGAGCACCCCAGUCACCUUGGGGACUUUGGUUUUUUUUUUGCCUCCUCGUCACCGCGGAAGAUCCGUGCUCUCAGCCCUCCCCGCCUCCGGAGCUCUGCACGGCCUGUUCAGGAAGCUUUUUGUUGGCACUGAGUUACCAGUAUUUGCCUCGUCGCAGACUGAGGAACCAACCCUUUGCUGCCCUGGCUUGAGGGGAACCCUCUCGUGAGGAGGAGGAGACGUGACAAAGGCUGACUUCCCCACCACGGCCAACGCCGCCGCCAUCGACCGCUCCUCCUCCUGCCUCCCUGCUCCCUUUCCAUCGCGCGCCGAGUCCUCCCCGAUGGUGACAAAGGCAGUCAGAGCAGGAGUAGCAGCUGGUGUUUACUCUCCUGGAUGAAUAAUCUGGAAUCUUUCACUCUUAAGGGAAAUGUGACACCUAAAUUAUUUGGUACUAGCGAUAUCGAAGGUAUUUGUAGAACCUACAGCCUCAUUCGCUUGCUCUCUCUGGUGAAGAAUCCUUUAGAUAACGGCGCUUGCUGUGGGUGAAUGUUGCUCAGAUGUGAAGUCCACAACAGUCCUCAUCCGUCUGGCUAACAAUUAUUGUUUUGCUAGAAGCCUUGCUUUACCUGCUGCCAAAAGUUUUUGCCAGGUCUGUGUGCUUCAAAAGUGCAGAUUCAUCUCAUUGGGCUAACGAUCUCUCGCUAACAGCCCGAUUCAGAGCCUGUUGGGGAGCCGGGCUUUGGAGCUGGGUGAUGUUUGCCCUGGUUCAGGUGGGCAGCACCACACCUCUGUGCCAUUUCACUUCUGCUUCUGUGGCACCCGGGUUUUGUGCUGACCCAAGAGAUGCUCCACGGGACACACUUGGUCCCGUUGGGAUGCUGUUUUUUUCUGGGCUCCUGGCCAGUCUCCGGAUGCAGGAUGAUUAUUGAUCUCAGUGCUGGGGCCCAGCAGGGUCUGGGAGUAAUUCUGAUAUAAGGAAUAGUUUUAAUUCUGCCUCCUACUGAUGUAGGUGAAAUCCAAACAUUAUUCAGUGGGGUCUGGCAGACCAAGGAAAGCUUUUAGUGGUCGUCACUGAUGUUGGCUGGACAGACCCCUCUGCCCCUGCGUAGGCAGCAGCACUUUCCUUCCAGGUACAAGCAGGAGAGAGAGGUUUUUGCCUUUCUCCAGGAGUCGACUAAAGAGAGGAUAAAGCUGUUGGGAGGGAUUGUUUUCCCUGAGGGUGAGCAUCCCUCUCCUCCUUCAUCUCCAUUCUGUGCAGGUACCUCAGGACUCCUGUAGCCUGAGCCAUCCAUUUCCCCCGUGUCCUGCAGUGCCCCAGGCAGCAGAGGCUGCAGCUGCUUCUUCUCCCUCAACAACCUGCUGUGAAGUUUUAUCAAACCCGUCAAAACUGGGAGGUCAGUUCCCACUGUUUUUUAUAAGGAGUGAGUGUUCAAAGUCUUUGGCUCUGAAAGUUUUAGCCAACGAUCCUGUGAAGGACAGAGUGCUCUGUUGCGGAGACUUGGGAGGUGUGGGGCACCCCAUGGGUCUGACCCAGAGCCUGGGGGUGUUGGGCACCCCAUGGGUCAGACCCAGAGCACCCUGUGGGUCAGACUCAGGGCCUGGGGGUGUUGGGCACCCCAUGGGUCAGACCCAGAGCAUGCCAUGGGUCGGACCUAAAGCCUGGGGGUGUUGGGCACCCCAUGGGUCAGACCCAGAGCCUGGGGGCGUUGGGCACCCUGUGGGUCAGAUCCAGAGCACCCUGUGGGUCAGACCCAGAGCCUCGGGGUGUUGAGCACCCCAUGGGUCAGACCCAGAGCCUGGGGGUGUUGGGCACCCCGUGGGUCAGACCCAGAGCACGCCAUGGGUCAGACCCAGAGCCUGGGGGUGUUGGGCACCCUGUGGGUCAGACCCAGAGCCUGGGGGUGUUGGGCACUCCGUGGGUCAGACCCAGAGCCAGCCCAGUUCUCAGGCUGGCGGAGGGGAUGUGGGAGAUGCCACGGUGGAAGCGGAGUCACUCCAAAUUCACACUAAGUAACUGGAAAACAAAACUGGCUCCUGGGCAGGGAGAGGGAGGCUGCCCUGGCCGCUGGGGAUUGAUUUGCAAGUGAUCUUUUGAAAAGUCUCUACAUGUGCCUUAUCUAAUGAAAGAAUAGUUUCCGAAGGAGAGCUCCUCCUUCUGCCUCGCCCCUGCACGUCCCCCCCCCUUUGCUCUGUUCACUUUUCCAGCUCGUGCAGCGAACACGAAGCGCAGCGGAGCUCGGGGGCCGCACGACCCCUUUGUUCCGAGGGCCAAAGCGAAAGCAAACCCCGAAGCUGAGGGCAGAGCCUCCCUCAGUUUCUGUUUACAGGCAGCACUGACGCCCCGCUGCAGGACCAGCCCUUGGCUGGCUCUGGGAUAUUGAACGUGCUCCCAAAACGAGGGGUUUGGGUGUUUUUUUUCCUUACUUGCGAGUGUACAAUGUGCUUGUGAGUCCGAGCGCUUGAAGCCUUCUCAACAGAACACGACCUGAUGGCGUUGUCCAGCUUUUAGGUGCCUUUGUCUUGUGUCAAGUGUGAUUUUUUUUAAGUGUUCUUUGUCACUUUGCCCUCAGAGAGUGAGAAAAGAAUUGCCUGUCGAUUAACUCCCUGGAAAUACGAUUGCACUAGGGGGGAGCUGGGGGGGUGUAAGGGGGCUGAGCGCAGGGUUGGCCAUGCUUGGAAGCCAAAACCCCCCCUGUACCACGCUCCCACUGGCCCUGGCCUCCCCCAUCCUCAUCCUUUUGCCAAAAUUUCCCCAAAGUGAUUGGUGUCAGUCUUAUUUUUGCCACGUCAGGUUGGAGAUUUCGAAGGAACCAAGAGGAGCAGCUUUGCCGGGGACGCCGCGCUCUGCUUCUCUAUUUCUUUCCCCCCCCCUCUUAAAUAUUCCGGGGGGGCUGUUUUGAAGCACCCACCUUGAGUCAUGUUGAAAAUACUUGAUGCAAGAGGGGUGCUCGGGAGCCUGCCCACCACAGGGGGUUUGAGCUGGGCACCAGGAUCACCCCCAUGAGCAGUCACUGCCAGAGAUCUCUGCAGAGCUGAAACCAGCCCUGCACGGGCCCCCCCAUCUUCUCUCCCCCCCCCCCCCAUCCUCUUCUGUGCCACAAACCGUAAUUCCAGAAAGUUGACUCAACGCGCUGCCUCAACUACUGUGGCUUUUCUUUAUUUUUUUGGACUCCUCUGUAUGUUUUUAAAUGUUUACAUUAGAUUUCUAAGACUUCUUAACACCAUUAACCUGGACCCAGCUCCCAGUUUUGUUGGGCAUCACGUGGGCAUGUAGGUGUGCAAUGUUCCUUGUCACUUGUGGAGCUCUGUUUUGUUUUUUUUUUUUUUGUUUAUGUUUUUCUCCUGAUCACAAGACAAUAAAUGCUCAUCCUGUGCUUGAUGAGAAGAACUGGCCGCGUUAGAGAAGUGUGUCUGUUCCUAGGUAACCGGGAUUAUCUGGCAGAGGGAAAUGGCGAAAUCUCUUUAUUUUCCUCCAAAGUCUCCCACCACAUGUUGUUUUUUCCCUUA